UGACUAUUUUGUCUUCAACUGUAAUUUGCUGGAAAUAAGUGGAUCACAGAAAAAGUUCUGGAGUUUUGUGAUAUGUAUAUGUACAAGUGGAGGGUAAUUUGACUUUAUACUGAUUAAUUUCAUUGGAAAUGCUUAAAGUGAUAUUACUUGGAUAUGUAAGGUGCUAUAAUUUUCUGGUUAUAGGGAUGUUGGAGAAAGAACAAAGCAGAAGGAGUAGGGUUUGAUUUCUGGCAUUGCCAACCCUUAAACUGGAAUUUGGUUUUAGAGGGGAUAAGUUCCUUAUGGUCUUCAAAACCAUGGAUUCACAGUGAGGCUGUAACUCACUGUUUUGGUAAUGGUGGUUGAGAUUUGAGAGUAGUUCAAUUGUGUAGGUGAAGAAAGGAGAUAAAAUGGCUAUAAGCAACUGGUUUGAGCAUUGUUAAAGAGCCUUGGAUCUGGAUCCAAUGGAGAUGGGUAUGAAUGUGUCAGUACUUUGGCGAAGGAUGAUUGACAUUUAGAAAGUGGGAGUAUUCAACUGUGUAGGUACCGAGGGUGGUAAAUAUGGCUGCAAAGCUUUUACAGUCACUGACAGAUGAUCACCCAGAUUUGCAAAAACAAAUAGGAUGCAUGACUGGGAUCUUUCAGCUCUUUGAUCGUCACCAGAUUGUCACAGGUAGGCACAUCGCUGGCUACAACCCCAAGAGAUUCCCUCCUGGUAGUUCCCACUUCAAUAAUGCCAAUCUUGACACAGAGUCCAAUUAUCUAUAUCGCCGAUCUGCUGGAUUGGAAAAACAUACAAACAAGAAUGUUCAAGAGAGACAUAGAGUCUCCACAGAAUCAUCCAGAGCCUCUUUCUCGUCGUCCUCUCGUUCAUCUUCCUUCUCUUCUCUUGAUUGCAACAAAACAACUCAACCAGAACCCUCGUCCUUCGACCGAAUCAUUUUUCCUGAAACUCCUUCAAGGGACCCCGUAAUGGGCCAAUCAAGCAGAUCCCCACAGUUUGGGCGGCAAACCCUAGAUCUUCGGGAUGUGGUCAGGGAUGCUAUGUAUAGAGACGUGCAGGGAUUGUGUGUAAAAACUACAACCAAAGAGAAAGCAACAGACCGUGUGGUGAAGCAAAGAGACUCCCCAAGGCCUCCGCAGCUGACCAAAUCCAAUGAUAAAUCUCACAAAUUGGGCCUUAAUGGGAAGCAAAAUAUGCCUGCUGAUCUCAAGGAGUCCGUCAGAGUUCUUGCUAAACUGCGAGAGGCACCUUGGUAUUUCAAUGAAGCUAAGGGACUUUCUAGAUCAUCAUCUUAUGGUUCAAAAGAUGGAUCUUUGUUUUCAGUUCCAAAGGAUGCUCCUCGGUUCUCUUAUGAUGGGAGGGAAUCGAAUUGUUCAUCUUUUGAAUCACGGGACGGAUACAAAUCUACUCUAAAGCUUAAAGAGCUACCAAGACUUUCUUUGGACAGUAGACAGAAUUCAAUGAGGAGUUGUAAUUCGGAAUCAAAAUCUAGCUUUCUUUCGAGAAAUUCAGAGGAAGGCAAUUCUAGUGGCAAGGUUCCAAGUUCACAGCAAACAUCAGGAACUCAGGCACGACCUCCCAGUGUUGUAGCAAAGUUAAUGGGCUUGGCAGCACUGCCAGAGUCUGCCUCAACCACCGACAGUAAGAUUGGUUCAACAAAAACUUGCCCAUUGGAGCAUUCUGAUCACUACCCAAUGUCUUCAAAAACAAGUGAUCCGUGCAGACCAAUCCAAAUAUCUGCUUCCUCGAAGAACCUGUGGAAGGAACCAACUUCUCCUCGUUGGAAAAAUCCUGAUUCUGUCCUGAAACCCAUGUCAAGAUUCCCAAUUGAACCAGCACCAUGGAGGCAGCUUGAUGGGACUCGGGGUCCUCCAAAGCCAGCUUCCAGACAUCUGAAAGCUCCAGCAAGGGCACCUAACCCUUUCCCUUCUGUUUACAGUGAGAUUGAGAAUAGAUUAAAAGAUCUUGAAUUCACACAAUCUGGCAAGGAUCUCAGAGCUCUUAAACAGAUACUUGAAGCAAUGCAGGCAAAGGGACUCCUGGAUACCAGAAAAGGAGGACAAGAUUCAAACUUCUCAACUCAAAAAGACCAUGACCUGAAAUAUACAAGUCCCUUCCAGAAUGCAGUAUCAAUAAGCCAACGAAGGCCACAAAGUGAUAAUGCCUUUACUUUCACAAAGAGGGGACCCAAUUCCUUGAGGGCUUUUGAAUCCCCAAUUGUGAUCAUGAAACCAGCAAAACUUGCUGAAAAAUCCGGUACUCAUGCUUCUUCAGCAAUUCCACUUGAAGGCUCAUCCAGCAUCCCUAGACUUCAGAGUGGAGAUGUCAAUGACAGAAAAGUUUCAACUAAUAGCAGGAUGAGCAAAGGUGAAACUCCUAAAAAUAGCCGCAGAGUCCAUACUUUCAAUUCCAUCGACAUAAAAACCAGCAGCAGACCUGUAAAGUCUGCACAAACUUCAACAAGGCCCCAACCGUUGCCAAAAGAAAGGGCCACAGGUUCUAUAAAGAGCUCUGGAUCCAUCAGCCCAAGGAUGCAACAGAAGAAACUCGACUUGGAGAGGCAAUCUCGCCCACCCACGCCUCCCUCUGAUUCUAACAAGUCAAGAAGGCAGACAAACAGGCAGCAACACGAAUCAAGUUCCGGUAGGAGCAGGCCAAAAUCUUCGAACUUUCAGCAAAGCGACGGCCAAUUAAGUGAGAUCUGUAAUGAAAUGAGGAAUGUGAAUUACCAAGAUCAUGACAUUACACUGCUAUCCGAUGGCAAUAUUGUCCCAGACUUAAAGGUAGAAGUCACCAGUUUCAACAGAUCUGCUGAGAUCAAUGGCAGUCAGAGCCCAUCCACAAAAGCUGUAGAGUAUUCUAUCCCUUGCAUGGUACAAAAGAAGCCAACUCCGAUGCUAGGUGAUGAGUCAUUGCUGUAUCUGACUACAGUUGGCCCUGAUUAUCCCAGCCCCGUCUCUGUUCUGGAUAAUCCGGUCUGUAUAGAUGAUGCGCUAUCACCCUUGAAAGAGCCACAAAUGCCCCCCAAAGAUAACGGAACUCAAAAUUCUGAUGACCAGUCUACGAAGGAGCAACUGAAGCCAUCAGAUGGUCUCAUAUUUGACACCUUGGGAUCUAGUCUAACAUCUGAGAUUAGUCGCAAGAAAUUACAGAACAUUGAGCAUUUGGUUCAGAAGCUUAGAAGACUGAACUCUAGCCAUGAUGAAGCCCGAACAGAUUACAUUGCAUCACUCUGUGAGAAUACAGAUCCAGACCACAGAUACAUUUCUGAGAUACUAUUAGCUUCAGGUCUCCUCCUCAGAGACCUCGGCUCAGACCUGACAAAUGUCCAGUUCCACCGGUCAGGCCACCCAAUAAACCCUGAGUUAUUUUUGGUGUUGGAACAAACCAAGGCAAGCACUUUACCAAAGAAGGAAUAUGUCACAGAAAAGGAAGUCCAAUCCAAACCUGACGACGAAAGAAUUCAUCGGAAGAUCAUUUUUGACGCUGUUAACGAGAUCCUCGUAAGAAAGUUGGCUUUAGUCGGACCUCCUGACCCAUUGUUAAGCCCUGGUAAACUAGCUAGGAAGAACCCGAAUGCAAAAAAGCUUCUGAGAGAAUUGUGUUUGGAGAUUGAACAGCUUCAAGCUAAGAAAACAGAACGCAGCUUGGAGGAAGAGGAUGAUAGUUUGAAAAGCAUCUUGUGGGAGGAUGUGAUGCUUAGAUCAGAGAGUUGGACGGAUGUCCAUGGCGAGAUUUCAUGGUUGGUGUUGGAUGUUGAGCGCUCGAUCUUUAAAGAUUUAGUCGAUGAGAUUGUGAUUGGUGGGGCAGCUGGUUCGCGAGCCAAGCCAAGUAAGCAAUGCAGGCAGCUGUUUACAAAGUAGUGUAUUUCUCCUUGUUCUAAGUUUUCUCUUUGUUUACCUCGUGGCCUUUCCUUUUGUUUUCUGUGAUUGAUUUUUUUCAUUAUUGUGUAAGAGAAUUAUAUUUCAUGUUAAGUGGGGUUGUUCAUUGGGUUGUAAAGAGAAUCCAUUUCCAAGUGUAUUGCAACAAACUUAUCCAUACAAAUAUAUUAAAUUCAUUUUGAGUAUAGAAAAG